CGUGAAGUCGUUUAAAUAAAAUGUGAACAAAAAAUAGGCAAAAAUAUGGUUUUUUAUACACUGUCAUAUGUUAAAGCAGUUUCGUAUCAGUUUCUUGAUGUAAAUUAAACCACAAAAGCGUCUUUUAAACUCGAAUUGGAAGGCUUAAUUAAUCACUAUCAAAUUAAAAGAGUUAAUAGUGACUCUAUAAAAUUCAUGUAAGGCAAGUAGUGUACAAUACAUUCUCAUGAUCCUAUAUGAUUUAUGACAUAGAUGAUUUGAAUUUAUUAAUAACACUACUUCAACCAAAUGAAUACAACAAAAGAGGCAGUAAAUCUCUCUACAAGGAGGAGAGUAGAAUAUUAUGUACACAAAGUUAAGGACUAUUCCUCUAGAUACAAUCAUAUUGGCAGCUUCCAUUAUGCUCCUUGUAAUUUAGUUGGAAAAUAUGAACUGUAUCCUUCCUAUGGAGAUUUUCCUGAAUGUUAUUGCUUGAAAAACUAUGGAAACUGGUGGAAGCAAAGUAAAACUUAUCAACCAAAUUAUAGACCACAAGAUUAUGAUUGUUUAGGAGCUGAAGAUUAUAUUACUGUUGAAUUUGAAGAAUCACUGGUACCGAGUGAUAUAUGUAUAUAUGAGAUAUUUAAUCCAGGAGCAGUUGUUCGAAUUAGAGGUAAACUAUCAACUGAGAGUAAAUCAAAAUGGAUCUUAUUAUGGGAAGGUCCAUCUGAAAAGAUUCCUCCAAUUUCUAGGAAAUUUCAUCAAAAAAUUAGAAAUGUUGAUUCAUUGAUCAAUACACUAUGUAUAGAAUUCAACCCAACUCACUUGGAGUAUCACUAUGCAGUUGAAGCUAUUCUAAUGGGAGGUUACCAAGCCAGAUCAAUGCUAGAAGCUAAAAUUCUCGGUAAAGGGCUUCUCAGUUUCAUUGGAAAUUUUGGUUCAAGGCUUAAUUGCCAAGAUCCCAAAGAAUCGACAGCUGAAACUUCGAUGUUGGAUAGCAGUACACCUUCUCUUUGUUUACCUGAAGUAAAGCCAAUGUUGUUGGAAGAUCCUUGUACCGAUAACAGAGCUGAUUACUUCUUGAACUUACCAAAUGAAAUAAUAUUACACAUCUUCCAAUAUUUAGAUUUAAAAUCUCUGAGUCGCUGUGCUAUCGUAAAUAAAAGAUGGAAUGAUAUUUCCAGGGAUGCCUUACUUUAUCAAAAUUUAAAUUUACGGCCAUAUUGGUAUCUAGUCAACUGUAAUACCAUACUCUAUUUUAGAAGUAGAUGUAAAUUUGUGAAAAAGUUCGAUGUGUCUUGGUGUGGAAAUGAUAUACCUCAUUUUUCUUCUGCCGUUGAAGGGUUUCUAGCCGAAAAUAAUCACAGUAUUACUCAUCUAUCAAUGUCGAGCUGUAAAUUUCUAAAUGAAAACAUAUUUCAAAUAGUUUCAAUGUGCAGCGAACUAGUAGACUUACGUUUAAGAUAUACAUCAGGUUGGAAUUUGUUAGAACGACCCUUGCUGAGUGAUUUACAAAAAUUAGUUACCUUGGACCUAUCUUCAACUGAUAUUCAUGAUGAUGAAGUAAUUGCUAUUUUACAAGGAAACCCCAAUUUAGAAGUUCUCAAUUUAGAUUUAUGCCAAAAACUCCAAAGAUUAGAUGAAAUAGUACAAACUGCAGUAGAAUAUAAUAAAAAACUUUCCGCAUGGAGUUGUUGGAAAUCGUGCUCUAUAACUCCUGAAGGUGUUAGGCAUUUAGGAAGAUGUCAUAACCUUAAAGAAAUUGACCUUGGAUGGUGUCUGAAUUACAAAGAUCCAGGGGAUUCCUUAACUAUUAUUGCACAGGGAUGUCCAAAGUUAGAAAGGUUGAUAUUAUCUGCAUGGAGAGGUCUUAACGACGCUUUAUUGGCACCUAUUAUAACCUCCUGUAAGGAACUUAAACACCUGGACAUUUUAGGAAGUAGAAAUAUUACAUCUCAUACUUGUGAAAAAGCACUAAGAUUGCUGCCCAAGCUUCAGUUAUUGGAUUUGUGUUAUUCUUUUUGCAUUACACAAAACGAGGUAAAUCUUUGGCGGCGGCAAUAUCCUCAUGUGACCAUUCAAUUUUUUUCAUUUGAACACAUCAAUCAAUAGUUCCAUGCAUGGACGAAGUAAAUGCUGGUACAAACUUGCCUGUUCUAUUGCCUUAACAGUUAUAAAACCGUUAACAAUAGUAAACAUAAAAGUUACAUAAUUAAAUCAGAUGGUUUAUACCAGAUACUCAACAACUGUAUUAAAAGUCAGUAAGAUUUUGAUUAAGUUUGCAAUUCGAAAUGAAUGUCUGUGACUGUAAAACUGUGAUAUCGAAGAUGGAAUCAAAGCAGAGAUAAAGUAACGGAUCACACCCUUCUAGCAUCAGUCUGAUGAUAUAUGUAGUGACAUCUGCAACGGUUUUUCACAUCAUAUUUAUUUUAUAUGAUGUGACACCUUAUUUUAUAUCAUAAAUACAUCACUUUCUAAAAAAUAUUUCUUUAUUACAUUAUUUAUUAAGUUGCCUUUCUAAAACUGAAAAUGUC